GCAGCAGUAGCAGCCUCUCCUCUCCUCUCCUCAGAGAUGGAGAGCUGGUAGAAGUGCAGUAGCAGCAGCAGCAGCAGCUCUGGUGGAUGUUGGAUGUACGAUGAGGUCUCCGCGGCUGUGGGCAGCUCUGUGCCUCCUCCUCACCGCCUCCUGCCGGCUCUGCGCGGCCGCCCGACACGGUUGUUUGUUUGAAAAGAAGCUCUGUCCAAGAGAUCAGCUGUGCAACGAUGACGGUUUGUUCGGGCAGUGCCAGGCCCCCCAUCAGGCCCCGGUCCAGUACCAGGUUUCCAUACCUGUUCUGCAUAAGCUGCAGGAGGUCCUCAAAGACCUGAUGGUUCAAGGUCUGACCUGGCGGGACGACAUCACUCAGGCUAUCAUUGGCCGAGAGCUAAGCCACGUUCCCACAGUCGGCUCCUCCUCCAAAUUUCAUGAGAGGUCGCCUAAGCAGUUUUUAAGACAGUCAGGUCCCAGUCAGAGGAGGGUUCAGGAGCCCGAGGAUUCAGCUGACCCUGAGAUGAUGCAGCAGUUUGUGGACUACAUGAUCAUGGACCCGUCCCGAUCGUCCGUGCACAUGCAGACGCCACUACUGGAUCCUUACACCUACCACAAGCAGCAGUACGGCUACCAGGAGGAAGAGGAGCGCUCCCUCAACUCUCUGGAUGAUAAUUCAGCCUUCCCCAUCCUCAGCUCCCCCCCUCGCUCCCGAUCCCGAGGAGACCCUUUAGAAAGAGACCGGCAGCUCCUCCAGGACCUGGUUUCCUACUACCUCACCUCCCCUUCCUCCUCUUCCUCAUCUUCCUCCUCCUCUUCUUCCUCGCCUGUGCAGUCACUCUCCCGUCAAAGAGGGGCCUUGGCAGCAGCAGCAGCGUCAGCAGGAUUUCCCUCUUCUUUGUCCUCGUCAUCUUCCUCUUCUUCAUCCUCCUUCUUCCCUGAACUGGACUUCCCCCUGGACUACGGUGAGGACUUCGUUUCCCAGGUGUCUCAGCUCAGCAAGCAACAGCAGCAAGAGCAGGCAGAGAAGAAGGCGCAGGAUGACUAUGACGCUCUGUCAGGACUGGAUGAGCGCUCCCUGCAGAGACUGGCUCUGCUGCUUGAUCACUACGGCCUCGACGUGAAGGAUUUGUCCCCGGAGCAGAGAGACAAACUACCAGCCGCUCUGAAGCAGCUGCAGCUCGACAGCUCCUACGGAUACAAAGAAACCAAAGAUAAAUAUGGAAACAAUGCUGAAAAAGGAAAGAAGGUGUCAGAGGGGUCCAUGGCAUAUAAGACCGCCGCCCCAGAAGCUCCGCUCUCUGCUGCCAAACUCCCAAAACCAGAAGAAGCCCAGAAAGAUUCUCCUCCUCCUGCAGCGGCCAAACAAGACAAAGCGGCAGCCAAAGCAGAUGAAUACGGAUACAUCGUCACCAAUCAGAGCCCCCUCAGUCUGAACGACGGGGUUCGACUUUUGGAGAGUCUGUCGGAGAGGAGCGGCCUCUCCCCUGCCGCCGUCAUCAACGUCAGCGUGGUUGGACCUUCCAUCACCUUCAGGAUCAGACCGAACUCCAAGAACCUGACAGCUGGAGAAGUGGCCAAUAAAGCAGUCGCAGAGAAGAACUACCUGGAGUCUGAGACUGGUCUGAAGGUGCUGCAAAGUGGCGUCGGAGAGAGCAAUGAUGGGAAAGCCUUGCCCCUGGCCACCAAAGUCCAGCCUGGCUCCCUCUGGGUUUUUGCCACGCUGGUGGCUAUGGCGUGCAUUGGCAGCAUCCUGGUAGCGGGCAUGACCAUCGCCUGCCUGCGUCACCAUGCCCACCGGCUGGCUGCAAAGAAGCUUGGACUGGGACCGGAGGGGGGCAGCUUCAGCCACCAGGAGUACCAGGACCUCUGUCGCAAGCACAUGGCCUCCAAAGGCGCCUUUGGACGCCUGGAAGCUGCCGCCCUUGGCGCCGUGGGAGGAUCGAGCGGUGCAGGAGGUGCUGGCGUCGGAGGAGGAGCAGCAGGAGCAGCAGGAGGAGGGGGAGCAGACUCCAGGGUGAGCAGCGUGUCAUCCCAGUUUAGUGACGGAGCCCAGCCCAGCCCGAGCUCCCACAGCAGCACGCCGUCGUGGUGCGAGGAGCCGGCGCAGGCCAACAUGGACAUCUCCACGGGUCACAUGAUCCUGGCGUACAUGGAGGACCAUCUAAGGAACAAGGACCGUCUGAUGAAGGAGUGGGAGGCUCUGUGCUCCUACCAGGCAGAGCCCAGCGCCGUGUCCGUGGCCCAGAGCGACACCAAUGCCAAGAAGAACCGCUGCCCUGACUCUGUACCCUAUGACCACUCGAGGGUGAAGCUGAAGGCAGAGAUUAACCCUUCACGCUCUGACUACAUCAAUGCCAGCACCAUAAUCGAGCAUGACCCCCGAAUGCCAGCCUACAUCGCCACCCAGGGCCCACUGUCACACACCAUCUCUGACUUCUGGCAGAUGGUUUGGGAGAAUGGCUGCACUGUGAUCGUGAUGAUGUCGGCUCUGGUGGAGGACGGAGAGAAACAGUGCGACCGCUACUGGCCUGACGAGGGCUCGUCCCUCUACCACAUCUACGAGGUUAACUUGGUGUCUGAACACAUCUGGUGUAACGACUUCCUUGUGCGGAGCUUCUACCUGAAGAACGUGCAGACUCAGGAGACCCGGACCCUCACUCAGUUCCACUUCCUCAGCUGGCCGGCUCAGGGCAUCCCCACCUCCACACGCCCCCUGCUUGACUUCCGCAGGAAAGUGAAUAAGUGCUACCGAGGACGAUCCUGCCCAAUCAUUGUGCACUGCAGUGACGGUACAGGCCGGACUGGGACUUAUAUCCUGAUUGACAUGGUUCUCAAUCGCAUGGCCAAAGGUGUGAAAGAGAUUGACAUCGCUGCCACUCUGGAGCACGUCAGAGACCAGCGACCCGGGAUGGUUCGCACCAAGGACCAGUUUGAAUUCGCCCUGACAGCAGUCGCUGAAGAGGUCAACGCCAUCCUGAAAGCUCUGCCCCAGUGAAACCAGUGCGACCCAGACCAGCCUCCUGUCUGCACCCCGCCUCUCCCACUCCUACCUUCCUCUGUGUUUUCUCUCUAAAGUGAUGAUGAUGAUGGUGAUGAAGAUUGACUUUGUGCUACCUGCCUGUUGAUGGAUCGAUCUACCUUCAAACACACUGGUGACAAUAAAGUCUAAAAGAGUUAAACUAUGAGAUGAUUUAAGGCCAGGAAGGAUUAACAUGGUCUGGAAUCGGUUUGGACAUGGAUAUGAUGCAUUCAAGGACACUCAGAUGUAAAGAAGUUUUGUUUAGAAGAGAGUUAAGGGAUAGGAAAUACUACUACUACUACCACUAAGACUGCUUCACUUUAAAGGGAUAUUUUGGUCUUUUUGAAGUUGGGUUAUAUAAGGUACUUGGCAAUGGUAGGGGCAUAAGCCACUAGUGAUUUCAGUGAGUGUAGCCAAGUUCCUUAUACAACCCAACUUAAAAAAACAGCAAAAUAUCCCUUUAGUCCACAGGCUAUUUUGCUGUUUUUUUAAAUGCUUUUUCUCUGACAAUACAAACAACCCAGAAAAUGUUUAUCUUGCUCAUAUUUGGCAUCACUUUUUUUAGCCCAACCUCAACUUUAAAUAAAACUAUUUUUAAACUUUAACUUACUGUGCUAGACAUAGGACUUCCAAAAUACACACAAAAAAAAUCAAAAAUGUUGCUUUGAAUUGCUUUAAAAAAAAAAAAUUCAAAAUAUGAAUGAUAAAUUAGGAUGAAUACAUUAUUUUCCAGAGGGAUGCAAUCUUAUGACCUGCCUCAUGGAUACUUUCCAAACGUUCAUGUGUUUUACAACACAUCUGACUGCCUGUGAACGCACCAUAACGCCAGGAAAACCUGCCUUAAUAGUGAUUCUCUCAUUGGAGUGACGCAGAGAUUUCAUUUAUGCUCUUAAAUGUGGAUGUAGUGGAUAAAUUGUGAUUUUGUUGGGACAGUGUGAGGUUUUUGUCUUAUUAGGCUGCAAAAUUGAUUCUUUAAGAUUCCAGGAAGUCUUAAAUAUUGGGUCAAGAAAGGUUGAAACCCCUGGUGGAGUAUGAGAUGUUCUGAGGGAAGGUUCUCGUUUCCACCUCCUGCUCGGCCUGUACCUUCCUGCUGUCUCACCUCAACAAACACCCGCAGAAAAUACGACCCAUGUCUGUCUCUCUCUGUGCCAUUCAGAUCACUUCAUGUCCCUGGAUGAAUAUAUAUUGUUGUUUACCUCAUGCAAGUCAAAAAAUGAAUAAAAAAAUACCUAAAAAUAUAAAAAAAGAUAUUCUAUGAAAAGAAGACAAGCUAUUUUGUAUC